CAGAGUAAAGCACGCACCGUGAUACCCAGCAGACAGAUCAUCUAGCCGAACCUACAGUCGAAAAAGAAUCAGAAGGACAGAAAGACAUACAGGCAGGCAGAGAUGGCUCACGGAACUUUGCGAGCGGUGGCAGCGUUCUGCCACUUCAUGGUUUUCGCGUCGGCAGCAAUCGUGACGGGUCUCGUAUCCGCCUUUCUCGACACUUGGUCCUUUCGGGGCUACCGCGUCGUCUUCCAGGAGGUCAUUGCCGUCACAACCUUGGUGGUAUACCUGUUUGCCAUGUUUGUGCCGAUCUUGAAGUCGUACCGGGGCUUCUUUGCACCGGUCAACUUCAUCUUCUCGUACCUAUGGCUGGCGUCCUUUAUCUUCUCGUCGCAAGACUGGAGCGGACGGCUGUGUGCGCAGACGUCGCUGAGCAAUGGCAGGUGUGCGCAGAAGAGGACAGUGGAAGCCUUCAACUUUAUCGGAUUCUUCUUUUUGAUCAUCAACGUCAUCUUUGAAGGAAUUCUCCUGUGGAGGUCGCGCGAUGACUCGUAUGUCACGCCUCCGCCGGCGGCCAAGGAGCGCCCUGGGACCGGAGGCACGGAUGCGAGCGCGCCAUCGGCCGCGCAGAACCCGGCUUGAUGAGGGCUCAGGGAGGGGUUGCUGGCCUGGUCCGCUCAGUACAGGGCAUGGAGGCAAGGCAACCUGAACUGGGAGUGUGCCUAAUGUGGUUGAUUGUCGAGUCGCUUUUCGCGCGGGUGGUGAUGGUAUAAUUUCUAAUGGUGAGUUGGUAUGGCCAUUUUGCAGGCCGAGGGUCGACGACGUAGGUGCAGUUAGUGUAUUCAAUAAUGCUGUGAUGACGAUGGCGAUGGUGGUGGUGAUGAUGAAGGGUGUGUAAGAAGUAAGCACCAGUGGGCAGAAUGCAUGUUUGCAUACUAUGCACGCACGGGCGGAUGGGCGGCAGGGGAGACGCGGGCAGUGAGCAUCGUCACCUUUUGCAGCCCAGCCAACUUCGUAGGGGCUCUCACCUGGCAGCUCACUUACUCACCAUCUCACCACCUGAGGUGUAAGUGACGGCAGGCGGGCGGGCGCCGCUCACAGAGCCCCGCGGCCGCCUGGUAAUAAUAGUGCUAACUGAGCCCACAUAUCAUCCCUAGUAGUAGAGAUGCCCAUCCAGCAUGGAACCCACCCA